AUGGCAUCGGAAAACGACAUGUCGUCAUCACUGUUUUUCGCACCAAAAACAGGCAUACCUUCAGAGAGAAAACAGAGAGAGAAGAAAAUUCUGUGCAGAAGAAAGAUUCCAAGAGAAAGGGAGAGGAAGAAAGUAUCGAUAAGUCGAAUGGUUGAUGCUCGUUAA